AUGCAUGGCCUGAACUCAAAUCUGUUAUUGAGCUCUGACGGACAAAUUAGGUUUGCUAGUUCUAAGCUCAACUCAUCUGAUAAUUUGUUUAUAUGGUACUUCGAUAAGCUGAUAUCUCAAGGGGGACAAAAAAAUAUCAGUUUAUCGGGGCAAUCUUUCAUAGAAAUUCGAUUCAAGGGAGACAAAAAAAUAUCAGUUUAUCGAGGAUAUUUGUUUAUUGAGGCAUCAGCUUAUCGAAGUUCCACUGUAAUUAGUCAAAAAACUAUGUAUGUUUAA